UCGUACACAGAUUAGCAAACUCCCUGGAGGCGGUAUGGGUUUCAAGGCCACAGAGUAAGACCCCAGCGCCCGGAUUUGAGUACACAUCGGCUGGGUAUUUGCUGGCGGCCAUCAUGGGUUCACUGGACAGAAUGGAGGAUAAAGUCGUUUGAUGAGAGACUUUUGAUACGCAUUUAUCGUCGCUGUAAGAGAAAAAUAACGAAGAGCUUUGUAUUCAAACUGUGAGUUGGUUGCCGUGGUGAUCAGUUUUUUUACAUCAUUUCGUUGACACUUUUUGUAUUUCAACAGCGACAACUAUCACCACACCAUCGCCAUCUGCAACGUUUCUACUCUCUGACUACCCACAACUCUUGAGUUUCGAGAGUGAAUUUGGCCGUGCCUUAACGUAUGACAAACAUUUAGACUUAUUUAACCAUCAAUUCAAUCAGAGGGCGUCGCUGGAACUCGGUGUUGUUUUCAUACGGUGGAAAUGUUUGGUUGUAGACGGAAACGGUUUUGGCCGUCUUUGAUAGCUGUGGCCAUGUUGUUCGCAGUCAUGCGCUAUACUCUGCACCAUUAUCAAGACUUAGGUGACGUCAUGUCCCAUAAGCAUGUACACAGGUUUUCCAGCAAUGGACUUCUUUCUUCGUCAAGUUUAGGUCGAAGGCAAAGUCUCACUCACCGAGACACCUCACUGAUAGGUGCAAGUGUUAUUUCCCGAUCAAAUACGUCCUGGUCACGUGACGGUAGCGCGUGUAUUGGAGAUACUAACUUCGUGAAAACAGUUUUACACUCUCCAGCUGGAGACACACCAAUCUACGUUCACCCUGCGUCGGAGGAUAUUUGGGUGUCUGCAACAAUUAUAAAGGGAGAGGUAUGGGAAGGGGAUCUGGUGACAAAGUUCUACAACUUCUUCAAACAAGAUGACGAUCUUGUAUUGGUCGACAUCGGCGGGAACAUCGGCGUGUACGGGUUAACUAUAGCUAAAAUGGGGAGAAAGGCUGUACUAGUCGAACCUCUACUGAAGAACGUGAAGAAACUUUGCCAUUCUAUACGUGACGGUAAUUACACAAACGCGUACAUCGUCCACAACGCCGUAUCCAACACAAGGGUCAAGGUCGCCUUAGGGAGCAGCGCCAGGAACGUCGGUGGCACAUACGUGAAACCUGUAACAUCAGACAGCGAGGAGACAGCGCAGACCAUUUUGCUGGAUGAUUUACUGGAGGUGUUUCAGUUCUACAAAGUGGCAAUGAAGAUGGAUGUUGAAGGACAUGAGGAUGAAGUUCUUCUCGGUGCGGAGACAUUCUUCUCCAAGGUCGACGUCAGGUAUGUACUGAUGGAAUGGAACACACACCAGAACAAACCGGAAGCUAAAAAUAUCAUUGAGUUCCUCACCAAGCACAACAUGGUACCCGUACACCCGAUUAAGGAACAUAUGCUGCCCUUGAACAGAUCAGAGGACUGGCCAGGUGAUGUGAUAUGGAAGAAAGGUAUAUGAUGUAAAUAAAUCAAAAAGUGCAAUGUUUCAUUAUACAUAUUUCCUGAUCAUGGGGAUCUGGUUCAGAAUUGAUCAACAGAAACCCAAUGACUUGAUAAAUAGGAUGGACUAUCGGGCUCAGGGAAUGUUUCAUUCUACGUAUUUCUUUGUCGUGGGAAUCAGGCUCCUCAGCAACCAAAGUGAUAGGAAAAUAACUGAAUGUCAGGCUCGAUGACAUAAUUGAUGGAGCGGCAUCGUUACCUGAUGUUGUUGAUUAUUGCUGAGAAUGUCAACCAUUGGAUUUGUUUCCUGGCCGUGGGAUUCCGGGUCAGAAUUUCAACCAGCAACCAGGGCGGCAUAUA